AUGCUGCUACGAACGUCUGCCUGGACCAACCUGACCGUGAGAGACGCCGACGAGAUGCAGGACAGUGGAGAGUACAGAUGCUCCACUUCAAACGCAGUGGGAGGUGCUGAAAUCAAUGUCACUCUGGUGGUCAAGACUCCUCCUGUCAAACAAAUUUUGAGGGUCUGCUGGGAACGACUGGCAGAGUCUCCCUUAAGGCAGAGCUUCAACUCCCACCUCCAGGAGAACUUCAAACAUGUUCCGGGGGAGUUGGGGGAAAUUAAGUCCGAGUGGGCCAUGUUCCACGCCGCCAUUGCCAAGGCGGCUUACCGGAGCUGUGGUCGCAAGAUUGUUGGUGCCUAUUGCAGUGGCAAUCCUCAAACCCCCUGGUGGACUCUGGCUGUGAGGGAUGCUGUCAGGCUGAAGAAGGAGUCCUAUUUGGUGUUUUUAGCCUGUGGGACUCCAGAAGCAGGUGAUGUGUACUGGCAGCCCAAGCGGCAUGUGGCUCGGGUGGUUGCUGAGGCAAAAACCCGGGCAUGGGAGGAGGCCAUGGGCGUGGGAGAGGCCAUGGAAAAUGACUUCUGUACAGCUUCAAGGCGAUUCUGGUCCACCAUCCGGCAUCUCGGAGGAGGAAGAGGCACAUCAGUGUAUCCUGUCCCGACCUCAUCUGUGAAGAUCAAUCCAAACUGGGAGGUGGUCUACCAGGACACCAAUGUUUAUGGUGUGGUGGGCAAAGCUGUUAUCCUAGAGUGUGGCACCACCGUGCCUGAUAUAUACAUAUGGAGCUUCACCAAGCCCGGCACGGACGCCAUCAAAGCAGUGGUGUAUAACCUGGGGAAAGGGGCGAGGAUCCAGAACUUUGCUGAAACACUUGGACAGUUGACGAUCAUCUCAAACAGUGCGGCAGUGAGCAUCGAGAAACUGCCUCUGGCUGCUCAUGGCCUGUUCACCUGCCAGGCCUUCUACAAUAUCGAUAAAGAGCCCAUAGUCUACUAUUACUACGUUCACCUCACUGUCAGAGUGCCUGUCAGUAAGCCUUAUCUUUUGCUGAGUGAUGUGUCUCCGGUGGAAGGGUCCACAAUGUGGAUGCAAUGCAACCUGGAAAAUGGGACUGGGCCAAUCCAGUAUGUAUGGCAGCACGAAACUCGCAGCGGCAACGUCACAGUCGUGGCCCAGGGUAGCAGCAGCGUCAUCAAUGUGACGGACGUCAAUAGAGACCACAGUGGCUGGUACCGCUGUGUGGCCACCAAUGACGUCAACAGUGAGAGCUCAAACCGUUUAUGGCUGGACACCAUUUUUGGUCCAGACAUUCCCCGGAUAGACGUAACUCCAUACAGUAUAACAGAGCGGGGAUACUCUGCACUGGAGAGAGAGACUGUUUCACUGAUGUGUCAAGCCCAGUCCAAUCCAGCCAGUCAGUAUGUUUGGUUCUACAACAACUCCCAGGUGUACAGUGGGCCGCAGUUCACCAUCACCAAGAUCCUUCGCAUGCACACGGGAGACUACGCCUGCUUGGCCCAGAACACAUACCUAAACACCCGCUCCAAAAAAACCAUUAGCCUGACUGUCUACUAUUCUCCCGACGGUUCCCCCUCCUGCUCUGUGGAGCCAGCUCUGAAUCACACCGCUCUGAAGCUGCUUUGCGCAUGGCCUGGUGGAUUCCCCUCCCCGUCCCUGGACUGGACUGGGGACCUGGUACAAGCAGGUAAAACCCAGGUAGACACAGAACAACAAACUAAUCUACAGAGCAGCACUGCCAUCCUUCUGCCCUCUGAGAACCUGAUUCCUAACAACAGCUUGUUCAGAUGUGUGGGCUCCCAUCCUGCUCUGAAACAAUCUACAGAGUGCAGCACACGCACAUAUAUUCCCCCUGCAGAACCAGUGUGCUUUGCCUAUGUCACAAACACUCAGCAAUAUCUGAUGCUGUCCUGCUCCUGGGAUGGAGGGGCCCCAAAGGCCUUAGUGUGGUGGGAGGGACCAGGGGGCCAAAGCAAAGGAGGACAAGAAAACUCCAACAUCCUGGUCCUCCGUUAUGGGACUGCCCGGAGUGGGAAACCCUACACCUGCUACGCUAUACACCCACUUCUGAUGGAAGCAAAGAGUUGCAGGCUCACACUGGAGGCCCCUGUGUUACUGACACAGCGCAGAGUCGUGUCUGUGUAUGAGGGGACUGACGUGCAGCUCACCUGUAAUCUGAGAGCCAAUUACCUUCCAGCCAAUGAAAUCACCUGGUUCAACAAUCAGGGCGUGGAUGUCCAAGACACCUCAAAGUACAUGCUGCUACGAACGUCUGCCUGGACCAACCUGACCGUGAGAGACGCCGACGAGAUGCAGGACAGUGGAGAGUACAGAUGCUCCACUUCAAACGCAGUGGGAGGUGCUGAAAUCAAUGUCACUCUGGUGGUCAAGAAGUAUCCAAUGCCACCCAAUGCAACCCUGAUCAUAGCGAUGUACAACAGCCGAAAGCGUAGCGAGGUGGAGCUGGAGUGGCAGGUAGAAGGUGUGGAGGAGAGUGGAGGUUGGACUGGUUUCCACCUGGAGCACCAGUGGGUGUCUGAGCGACCAAAGAGAAGAGGCAGCACCAAUAAGUCACUACUGUGGAUGGAGGAGAGGAUUGGUCUCCAAGACUGGUACCGUACCGUCAUCCAAGAUCCAGACGUCAGGAGUCACACAGUUCGAGGACUGACUCCAACUGAUACCUACCAGUUCCGCAUAAUACCCAUCAACCACCGCACCAUCGGACACCCCUCUCCCACAAAAACCCCAGCGGAACCACGCUACAACAUGUACCCUGCUGUGAUUGGAGCAGCUAUAGGCGGGAUGCUCUUUGCAGCCAUUCUCACAGUGCUGCUGCUCAUGUACAUAAUCCGCAACCGCAACAACAAUCCCAGACUUCACGACAUGCUGUUUGGCUUGCAGCACAGUCAGUCGAGAGAGAACAUUAAUUUUCCAGAGGAUGAAAUGGUCAGAGGGUCAGAUGGAGGAGUAGAGGACAUCGGUGGAUCAUCCAGUCCAGGCCCAGCCAUCUCAAUACCCAGGGCAUCCUCACCCCUCACCACCUCACCCCUGAGCACCAUCCCCACCCCCACCACCAGCAUUCAAGCCCCUCCCACUGGAGAUGAUAACGAGCCCGUCAGCGUCACAAUCACAGUCAAAACUACAGGAUCCUAAAAUAAAAAAUAAACUAUCAGCUGUAGUUUAAGAAGCACAUCAGAUUCUCAUGAAACAUAAAGUAACAUUAAGAGGCUCUUGUACAAAAACACCUGCACAGCAGAUGUUUGUCAUCCAGACUCUGCAAUCAUGAGCUAGACAGUUAAAUCAAUAUGUAUAAUAUGUACAUGUCAAGUGUUUUUAAAUUAACUUUUCGCCUUCGCAGGCCUCCACCUUCAUUUCACUUUUACCUUUAAAUUCUGUUAUAUAUGCAUGGAGAAUCGUAAUACUAUCUGUUUGUGUCUCUGUCAAUUAGGUUUUUCUUAUAGGAUUUUCUAAUUAUUACAGAACAUGGCAAACAAGAUGGUUUUAUUAAUUUAUUCAGCUUUGAACUUUAACAUAUCAAACAUUAUCAGAACUCAACAAACAGCAGCUUGUUGAAAAUCAUGAGGAAAU